AUGAGCAUAAAAGAGCUUAUUAACUUAAAAAAUGAGUUCUUGAAUAAAUUUUUAAAAGAUUGCGUUGAGCAGGAUGUUAUAAAGCAGAUUAGAAAGGUUCUUAAAGAGUUUAAAGAAUAAAUAUAUGGAGGAGAUAAUUUGUAGAAAUUAUUGUCAGCAAAUGUCCAAAGCUCAAUAUGUACAACUUAAAGUACAGGGUAGAGUAUGAAUAGUACUAUAAGUACCUCUAAAGGAUACAGUAAAGCAAGCACAAAUUAUUAAUAGGGAGCGAAUAUUUAAAAUAUUUAGUCAGAAGUAGAUGCUGCAAACAUAUAAUACAAUACCUAAUAAAGAUUUCUAUUGGUGGCGGCAUGCGAAGAAAUAUAGAAGUUGCUCAAAUAUAUUGUAUAGCCUUACAUAGUAAUAAAAUCAUGCAUAAUGAAUUUUGAAAGCAGCUAAAAAAGUGAUCAAACUGAAUUGGUGAACAUUAUUAAACAAGAAUUUGCAAGCAUUGAAAAACGUAUAGUCCAUGUUGUCAAGAAUUAUUCUGAAGUUCUCCCUAUUAAUAUUUUAGAUACUUUGGAAGAUCUUUAAAAAUAUUAUAUUUAGCAAAAGGAUGAAUACAUAGAAAAGAAGCUAGAAGACUUGGAGAAGCUUAAGCAAACUAGAUAUUUUCAAAUUUAAGCUCCUUACAUAGGAUAUCACUUAGUAGAUGAAACUAGAGUUUCGUAAUUAUUUGAAAAAGCAUCUAUCUAAAUUGAAAAUUUAAAGAUUUAGAGAGUCGGAACAGAAUUUGUUCAUCACUUCCAAAAAUACUUGACAACCUAUGUUUUUAAUAAACUCCUUAUGGAUACAGAUAUCCUUUCAGGUGUUGUAGUCUGCAUCAAGGAUAAUAAAAAGAAAAAAACUUAUUUUUUCAUUUAGUAUUGUGAUUUAAAAGUAGAAGAAAUUGAAUCAACUUCCUCUGUCGACUAGUAAAUAGUAGUCACACUAAACAAAUAUGGAUAAAAGUCUCCUGAUUAGCCUGUCCCUACUAAAAAUGUAGAUAUGAAUAGCUUUUUUAAGCAGAUUGCUGCUUCAUUUUUAAGCUUAAGCUUUGAAAGUUUCAUUCCUAACUACGGAAUCUGCUCAGAAACUGGUAAAAUUUAUAGGCAUUAACUAAACACUACUAAUGAAGAUCGUACAGCUCAUGCUGGCAUUAAGAAUCCACUGUACUUUUUUAAGGAUUUUUUCAUGAUGGAAAAGAAAUCCAGCAAAGAGUUCUAACAAUGUUUAAAUUUAAAGUAGUGUAAUAUGGCUAACUUCUUAGAGGCUCUGACUUUACUGCAUGAAUUCUAAAAAACUGACUUUAAAUUUGAAUUUAAGAAGGGAAAAAAACUUUAGAGUUUGUAUUUGAGCAAAGAUCACAUUAACUCUCUUUAGUCUAUAGUUUAGGAAUUUAGCAGAACUCUUGUCUGGCUUGAAGAAAGCGUGUUCCCAGUUAACGGCAAAGUCUGUUUAUUACAAAUAAUGAAUUAAAUUUAACCUCUUGUAAUAGAAUUCUCAAAUCGUAUAAUGAGUAAAUCUAUGCAAGAGCAUUUAGGUUUUAUGAAGAAAAUAUCAAUAGAAGACUUUUUAAUAAAAAUAUCUACUAAAAAGGCUUUAAAAAAGUAUAUUCAGUAAAAUAAAUCAUUUGAAGAUAAUCGCUUCUUGAAAGAAGAAUAAGUUACAGCAGGAGAAUCAAUUAGAUCUGCCAGUUAAAGUGGUUAGAUGCAAACUCCAUAAGCUAGCAGUGGUGGAAAUACAGGGUAAUAAAGUUAAACUGGAUAAUAAUAAAAUUUAAAUUCAGCAGGCACAAAUCUACCAGCUUAAGGUAAUUCAAGCAAUGCAAGCACAUUCUCAAAUUAUUCUAAUUCUUCAACUUAAUCUUAAAGCCAUAGCUUAAAUUAGUAACAAAUUAAUUAAUCAGGAAUAUAAAUAACAUAGUAUUUAAUGGAAUUAAAUUUGUUAAAUUUUCAUAGAAAAGAGAGAAAAGUUAUCCUUAAAUAUGCAGCUGAAAAUCUAUUAUAUCUGCCUAUGAUUUUAAGUCUUGAAUACACUCAAGAUUUAAUCAAAAAAUUUAACAAAUCUUGGAGAAGUACAUAACUUUGGUCUGAUAAUUAUUAGUUUGUUUUUGAUGAAAUUGAGGAUGAUUCAGUUUUAUUUUAAAUUUAAAGUAAAAUCUAAUCUUAAAAUAAAAGCAUUUCCAAUGUGGUGAUACCACCAAAUAUUAAUUAAAAUUACAAUAACUUAUUUGCAACUCCAAUAAAAAGAAAGUAAUCUAAUAAAUUAUCUUCAAAUUACAAUGAUAUUCCCUCUAACGAAAAUAUUUGUAGUAGCAGUCAUCGCUUAAAUGAAUAAGAAAAGAACUCAGAAAGCUAUGAUAAAUCAUAAAGGGAUGGCUCCAAACAACCAUAGUAGUAAAAAUAAAUUUUUGAGAGUAUUUUUGUUGAGCUACUUGGAUUAGUAUUUAAUAUGAAUAUAAUGAGUAUUUUAACAAGCUAAACAUUCGCAAAUUUGAAAUACUUUGAUGAAUACAAUUCUGAUCAUAUUUAUUUGAUUAAAGCUUAUUUCAAAUUUCCAUAGGUUAGAGGAGAUAAAGGAUAUAAAUUAUCUGAGACUCUUUUAGAAAGAUCAAUUAAAUUAAAAAAAUAUAAAUUAGCUUGUUUACUCCUCAAUUAAGGAGAAGGAGUUAAUAUUACUAAGGAUAUAAUCUUUAACUAUUUAAGCGAAGAAAAAUUGUAGCCUCAUUAAUAUAAAAAGGUGUUACAAAAUAAUAUAAGGUAGAUAAGCAGUGGAAAUAAAUGCGACUCUCCUAUUGCUUAAAAAUGUGAAGAGGAUGCAUACAUUCUUUCUAAAGAAAGUAAAGAAUACGAUGAAGAAAUUAUAUUAAAAAUGGUUUAGGAUAGAGAAGAAUUUGAUUAAUAGCUUCAAUAAUUAGUUAUUAAGCAUCAUGCAUAGUGGUUAAAUGAGUUUAAUUGGGAAAAAAUGUGGAGAUAAGAAUUUAAUCCAGAAAACCACAAAAAGUUAAACGAGUAAAAUAUUGAUGACAAUGCUAUCAUUGUUUAUACAAAUGAAUAUGGAGUGAGAUGUCUUCCUAUGGAAAUAUGGACACAAAUAUUUGAUUUUAAGAGAAUUGAUUCUAAAAAAUCAUCUUCAGAAAAUAAAAUUGAAUUAUCAAAUAAUAAAAUUGAUGAAGAGCAAGAAUCAAGUGAUGAAAAUGCAGCAACAGCUAAAUAAAAAGAAGGUAAAAGUGAUACAAUUGAAAAAAAAUCUUCUCUUACAAUAAAUGAUUAAAAUCUUGAAAUGCAAUCCAACUUUUCAAAAGAAGUAUUAAGAGGAGACUCUAAUAAAGAAUCUCCAAGAAGUUAAUCUUAAGGUUCUUAAACUAACAUCAGUGAAGAGGGUAGAUAAUCAAAGAAGUAAUCUCCUAAAUAAGAAAAUGAAAUAGCAAUUCAAGAGAUAAAAAUUUAGCAAUAGUAAUCAGAGGAUGAGUAAAAAAAUAAUGGAUCACUUAAUUAAUCAAAUGAAGACUUAGAAGGAAAAAAGAAGAAAAAAUCUGAGGAUUAAGACUAAGAUUAAAACUUAAAUUAAAUUUAAGAAGAUUAACAAGAAAAUGAAAAUAAAACUGAAAUUCAUGAAGAAAAUGAAGAAAAAACAAUUUCCAGAAAAGAAAGCCAAAAUUAACCUUCCAGAAAAUCCUCAAAGAGCUCAAAAAUUGAUAGCUAGUCUCACUCAGAAUAAAAAUCAUGUAAAGACGUAGAAGAAAAUAAUGAUAGCUAAAAAUUAAAUGAAGAUUAGAAUAAUUAAGGAGGCUAAAUCUAAUCAGAAAAUUAAGAAAGUUUAUCAUAGAAAAAUGAAUUAUCUCCGAAAAAUGAAAUUGAAGAUAAUGAAAAUAAACAUGUGUAUAAAAAAUCUUUGAAUUUAAAUUUAGAUGAAACAGAAGAUGUGGGAAAUGAAACUGUUAGACUAUCUCCUUUGAAUUCCUAGUUUAAUAUUUUAGAGAGUUUACAGGAAGGGAUAAAAUUGAAUGGAAUAUUAGAGAUGAAGAAAUUCUCUUAUUAAGAUGAAAAAAAUUAUUUCAUAUCAAAUUACUUACAUUUAUUGGAGAAUUCUUCGGUUCAAUUAAAGUAUAGAAAGCUUGUCAUUGUUCAUUGCUAAAACUUAGAUUUUUUGGUGGAAGAAUGUCCCUAAUAUCCUGGUUUGGCUUACGCAGAAGAUAGAUUUAUUAACUUUUUUAGUAGCCAUAUAAAGCCUAAAAGAAUGUUAGUCAGAAUAAAUGAUGUUGAUUACACAUUUACUUAAGUACUCCACAAUUGUAUUUCACUUUAAAAUGCUAUAAAUCAAGGACUGUGUUACAAUUUGGAUAAAUAAAGUAUAGGAGAAAGUAUCCUCUUGAAUAUUUUAAUUGGUAAGUAGCAUAAUGGAUUGGAAGAUGAAAUUCUUGAACCUAAUCCAAAUAACCCAAAAGAAUAUAGACUUGUCAAUAUUUCAGUAUCCUAGCCGUUUUCUAUGCAAAUAUUAAGAUUUAAUUCAGUAAACUAUGCCAUUAAUAAUAGAAAUGUUAUCUUUUGUUUAGAUCAAAUGAAUGAAAUUGUUGACUCCGCGCUUAUAAUGAAAUAUAGAUAGAUAAAUCCUGAUAAAUUAUUAGAUGAUUGGUUAAAUGAUUUGUAUUUUUUCUAAUAAAAAAUAACCUAACAAAGAAUAAUUGUAAAUAACCCUAGAUUCAUUAUAAAAUCCUAACAAAAUUAAGAAGAGCUUAAUGCUUAAUAAAAUAUUUAAAUGAAUUAAGCCAUUCUUUUCCAAAAGGGUAUGAUUAAAGAGCUUUACAAUAGAUUAUCUAGAUUUACUAAAUAUCUCAAGAAAAUUCAUUACGACGACCAUUCUAGCUUACCUAAGUAUCAAGAUAUAUUUGAAGCAGUAAGUCCACAUUUAGCUGAUAUGUAUAAAAGGGUUAAUGCCUAAAAAGAUGUUUUAUUACCGAAUAGGUUUGAGUAGAUCCUUUAAAAUUUAGAUAAAGUAAAGUCAUUCGUAACUUGCGAUAUCCCUUCAUUUUACUCUCAUUUCACUUUGGAAAAAAUCUAUAACUAUGAGUCUUUGGAAGAAGUCAUCUCAACUUUCAAAAGUAUAGGACCAUUAUCUUCCAAAGAGAUAGUCAAACAAUUAUCUAAGCUUCAACGAAAGGAUAAUUUAUAAUGGGAUGAUAUAUUUUAAAAUGUGAGUAAAAACUCUCAGAUAAGAACAAUUAUGAUGAAUGGGUAUCUCGAAAAUGAUUGGAAUGAUAGCAGUAUGGUUGAAAAGUUUAUAAAUUAGCUAACCGCCUUUUAGCAAAAACCUGUUGCAGAAUUUAAGCAUCUAUUGUCAGAUUUAAUCUUUUAUUCAAGUGACAUCGUUUCUUGGAAGAUGAUAAGAAAUUUAGGCCAUGACCGUAUUACUACUCUAUCUCUCAAGGGGUGCACGAAAAUAACUGAUACUGAUGUUGUAAAAAUUUCAGAGAGCAUGGUUAACUUGGUUUAUUUAGAUUUAUCAAAAAAUCAAAAUAUUAUUAAGUUUAACCAUUAAAUAACUUCUAAGUAUAAUUAGAGUAAGCCUCUCUAAUUCCCUUAAUUAAAAACUCUUAUCCUUGAGGAAUGUGUCAAUUUAUGCAUUUGUGAUAUUGAAGGUUAACACAUUCAAAAUAUCAAUUUGAAUACUUGCAUAUAACUACAAAAUUUAAUGACUGCUACACCAAGCUUAAAAAGAAUAUGUCUUAAAACUUGUCCCUCUUUACUUGAAGAACAUGCAAUUCUUUAUAUAAUUGAAGGCACAAAUUGUAUGAUAGAUGAAUAAACAAGUGGUGGAGCUUUCAGAUAAACUUUAUUGGCUAUGACUAGAAGCACGCAUUCUAAAUUAAGCACUUAUAAAAUUUAUGUUUUGAGUAUUUUUGGCCGCCUUUUUAAUAAGAUUAAAAUUUUACAAGACUUGUAUCCUUUAGUCUUUGCACUUAAUAGAAGGGGUUUAAAUAAAGCGGCUUAAAAUAAAGAGUCAAGUAGCUUCUUUGGAUUUUCUAAAAAAACUACAACAACUUCUGAUUCUUUAAUUAAAAACUGCAGAAUGAGUGCAAUUAAUCUACUUCUUAAGAACUCAAAUAUUCGUGAGCUUAAAUUUAUGAAUAUUUGCGAGGAAUUUAAAGACCAGAAUGUUUCCUAGAUUCUGGAAAUACUAUGUGAAAAAUUUUAAGAAUCAGCUCAAUCUACAAAUAAAAACGAGUUAGUUACUGAUAUAGAUACAAUUGACCUUUCAGAUAUUAAGCUAUCAGAAAAAAAUAUGAAACAUUUAGGAGAAAUAAUAUCGCUUAUUAAAACUACUUCUUCCCAAGGUUUGUCUAUAUUUAUCUAAAACAGUUAAGAGACUUAGAGUAAAGGAAUGAAAUAUUUCUGUUAGGGUGCUUUGAAAAACGAAAUAAACAAAUUGGAUAUGAGCAAGAAUAGAUUUGGUGCAGAACAGAUGGAAGAAAUAUGUUUGAUGAUAGAAGGAGUAAGCAGUGGCUAAAAAUUAAACUAGCUAUUUUUAAAAAAUUGUAGAAUAAACAAUGAUUUGCUAGCAAGAUUAAGUUUAGCAAUAAAGAAAAAUGAAACUCUUAGACUCCUCGAUUUAAGUGAUAAUUUAUUCGAUCACGAAGGUUUCAAAAUAUUUAUGUAGAGUUUAUACGAUAAUACUAACUUAACUAGCUUAGUGUUAGAUGGAAACUCCUUGAGUGGUUAAGGUUUUUCAUAUAUAAAGAAAGGAAGGUUUUUAAAGAAACUUCAUUUGGAAUAAUGUUGGCUUGAAGAGUAUGAAAUCUAAUAAAUUUGUGAAUUAUUAAAGGAAUAGCAAUAACUUAAUUAUAUUGAUUUAAGUUUUAACAAAUUUAAUAUAAAGAGUACUUAGCACUUAGUUUCUAGUAUUAAAAAAUCGAAUUGCCUUAAAGAAUUAGUAAUCAAAAAGAUAUUUGAUGAAGAAGAAAGUAUUCAAAAUGCUUCACAUAUUUCUGAAAUCUUAGUUAAUAAUACAUCUUUAUAGACAUUAGAUAUUAGUGGUAAUUCAAUAGGAAAUGAUGGAUUAAUUCAAUUUGGUAAAGCCUUGUAAUAAAAUUCUGUUUUAAGAGUAUUACUUAUUAAUGAUGAUUGCAAUUUUGGUCUUAGAGGUAUUGCAAAUCUUGCUGAGUUAAUUUAAUAUAAUAACACUUUAUAGGUGUUAGAAAUAUAAGGAAUAGAGAACAACUAAGAGAGUAAGUUGGAAGGAUUCUAAGCUGCUUGGGAAAUGGUUAAAUAAAAAUUGCAUAGAAAUAACUUGCUGCGUUUGUCUAAAUUUUCUUCAAAAAAAAUUAACUCUCUUCAAAUGCCAUACCAAAAAAAAGGAAAUAUUUCUCCUACACAUAAAUCUUUAGAUCAAUCUUCUUUCUUUAUGGGUGGAGAAAAGUUAGAUUCUACAAGAAUUAAAGGAACAUCUGAUCAUUAUAGAUUAGGUUUGAGUAUAGAUGGAGGUGGUAUGAGAGGUAUUAUACCUGGUUGUAUUAUACAAUACCUAUGUCAAAAUACAAAGAGAGAAGUUCAUGAGAUAUUUGAUGUGCUUGGAGGUACUUCUAUUGGAGGAAUUCUUGCAUUGGCAUUAGUUUGUACAAUUGAUGGUAAAAAUCCAGUGGCAAGAGGUAGUGACCUUCCUUCUUUCUUUGAAGACAAUGGCACCUAGAUAUUUAACUCCUCAAAAAUGGUUGCCCUUUGGAAUAAUUUAAGAGAUAAAAGCAAAUAUGACCCUGCUGGAAUAGAAUCUAUUUUGAAAAAAUACUUUUAAAAUUGUAAACUUUCAGAUGUUAUUAAAGGAACUAGUGUAAUAACAACUGCUAUGAAGAGAGAAAAUAUUCAAGGUAAAAAUAUGGCUAAGAUUUUUAGAUCUAAGGAAGCUAUGUUUUCAGAUGAUAAAAACUUUUAUGUCAGAGACAUAGCUAGAGCAACAUCUGCAGCACCUACCUAUUUCCCUUCAGCUGAAAUCAAAAGUAUAAAUGGAGUUAAAAAAUAUUCGUUGAUUGAUGGAGCUUUGGGGUAGAAUAAUCCUUCGAAAUUAGUUUUAGAUGACAUCAAAACUGAAGCCUUAAAUAGUGGAAACGAGAAAAACUUUUUCCUAUUAUCUUUAAGUACCGGAACGCCUAUAACUACCUAAUAAAUAUCAUAAAAUGCUGGUAUUUUUAAUCUCGUACCUAUUAUUAAUAGUUUAGGUGAAGGUGCCCUUGCUUUCUUAGAUAGAGAUAUUGAAAAGAGUGCAGACGGAUAGUAUUUAAGAAUAAAUCCUGAUAUUCCAAUAAAAAAACAUGAAGCAGAACUUGAUAAUACUGAUCCAAAAAUAAUAGAAAUAUAUAAGCAAUGUGGCUAUAAUUGUGCAGAAAAGUUUUUAAGUUAAGAUUUAAAAUAUGGUCCAUUUAAUGACUAGAAUCUGCUAGAUUGGUUAGCUGAGAAUACAGCUAGAAAGAAAGACACUUAUAUUUGA